GGUCCCCGUGUCCGCGAGGGACAUCGGUCAUUCCGUUUCUCCGGCGGUUCCCUGCCAUCCGUGGAAUUAAGCAACGAUUGGAAAACGUAAUUUUUUCCGAAAUAAAAAAAACUCUGAUUUGCGGACUUUAAAAUGAACAUUUUCUCUUGAGCUGAGAUUUGCUUUUUCACCUGACGACUGAAGAUGAAAAGUUUACUUCUUCUUCUGACCUUGUUUUUCUCAGUAUGUCCGCUGCUGGUUGAUGGCCAGCAUCCGACGUGUACGUUCCUGCUGGAGGUGGAGCGAGACCAGACGGAGUGUCAAAAGAGGUUGAAGGAGCAAGAGGCCAAGGGCAUCAAAAAAGUGCCGGGAUGCAAAGGAACUUGGGACAGCAUUGCAUGCUGGGAGCACACUGGAUUAGGAGAAACUGUCACGAUCCCCUGCCCUCGAGCCCUUAAAACCAUCUUUGGCAGAAAUGGAAACAUCAGCAGGAACUGCACAGCAUCCGGCUGGUCGGAGGUUUUCCCAAACAUAAGCAGCGUGUGUGAGUCAGACACCAGCCAGAACAAGCUGGUCUUCUACGUGGUGGUGCAAGCGUUAUACACUCUGGGUCACAGUCUGUCUCUGAUUGCUCUCAUCACUGGAAGCGCCAUCCUCUGCCUGUUCCGGAAACUUCACUGCACCAGAAACUACAUCCACCUUAACCUCUUUGUGUCCUUUAUCCUGAGAGCUGUGGCUGUCCUGGUGAAAGACGACAUCCUCUUCAACAAAACCUUGCAAUGCUCCAACCAGUCGUCUCUGCUGGGAUGUAAAGCCAGCCUAGUGUUUUUCCAGUAUUUCAUCAUGGCCAACUUCUUCUGGCUGCUGGUGGAGGGUCUGUACCUCCACACCCUGCUAGUCGUCAUCUUUUCAGAAAACCGCCACUUUAUUAUCUACAUGUUCAUUGGUUGGGGAAUUCCCACAGUGUUCGUCUCGGCGUGGGUGAUAACGAGGAUUUAUUUGGAAGAUACAGGGUGCUGGGAGAGAAAUGAAAACCACGUGCCUAACUGGGUGAUCAAUGGACCAAUCGGGUUUUCCAUUCUGGUGAACUUCAUCCUGUUUAUCAGCAUCAUUCGCAUCUUGGUUCAGAAGCUGCGAUGUCCAGAUGUGGGCGGAAAUGACCAGUCCCAGUACAGAAGGCUGGCCAAAUCCACUCUGCUGCUGAUCCCUCUGUUUGGGAUCCACUAUGUGGUUUUUGUUUCUUUCAGUGAAUCCAUCACUGAAGAUUAUAAAAUCUUUUUUGACCUGGCUCUGGGAUCUUUUCAGGGUUUCGUUGUGGCUAUUCUCUAUUGUUUCCUCAACAGUGAGGUUCAAGGGGAGCUCAGGAGGAAGUGGAGGAGCAUGUGUCUGAACUGCCGCCUGAGCAGAACACCUCACUUCAGCAGCACUUUCACCUCCAGGAACGGUUCAGAGCACAUGAUGCAGUUUCACCGCAACUCCAGAGCCCAGUCCAUCCUGCAGUCAGAGACCACCAUGCUGUGAGGCCCGACCCAGAAAAACAAACAAAUGGAGCCGGGCCAAAGAGUUUUACUAAUCCAUCCUAUAAAAAGACUUAAGUGCAAGUAAA